AUGCUAGUUUAUGAGUUCAUCCCAAAUGGCACAUUGUUUCAGCUCAUCCAUGGUAGGAACGAGACAUUGCAAAUCUCGUUCAGCACCCUCCUAAGGAUUGCACAUGAGGCGGCUGAAGGACUCCACUUCCUACAUUCUUAUGCAUCUCCCCCAAUUAUCCAUGGUGAUGUGAAAACCUCCAACAUCCUUCUCGAUGAAAACUACAUGGCCAAAGUCUCCGACUUUGGAGCCUCCGUAUUAGCCCCAAGUGAUAAAGAGCAGUAUGUAACGAUGGUUCAGGGCACCGUGGGCUACCUCGACCCAGAGUACAUGCAGACAUGCCAACUGACUGAAAAAAGUGAUGUCUACAGCUUUGGGGUUAUUCUUCUUGAGGUCCUCACCGGUGAGGCUACACUAAAAUUGUACGGGCCUGAGGAAAAACGAAGCUUGACUUCAAAUUUCUUGUCUGCAAUGAAGCAGAACGAUCUAUGUGCAGUGGUGGCCAGCCACAUAAAAGAGCAAGAGCGCAUUGAACUGAUUAGAGGACUUGGAGAGCUAGCACAGAAUUGUCUUGAUAUGUGCGGCAGCAAUAGGCCCUCCAUGAAAGAGGUCGCUGAUGAGCUCAACAGACUGAGGAAACUUUUGCUCCACCCUUGGUUAGGACUGAAUACGGAAGAAAUGGAGACACCAGCAGACACUAGUUUUCAAACAGAAAAUAGUAUUGUCGAGUAUCCUGUGCUGGAAAGUCAGAACCUGCCCAUCGACUCAAUAAGUUCAAAUUAUGCAAGGUGA